AUGGCGCCACUCACCCAGCAGCAGGCUGAAGAGGCGGCUGAUGAGGCCCCGGGGGGCAGCAGCGACACCAGGGAAAUCUCUGGGGAGAGGCCAUGGCUGCUCCACGGCGACCCUCAGCUGCCCCACAGCGACCCCAACCGCCCUACGGCGACCCCCAGCCGCCCCACAGUGACCCUCAACCGCCCCAUGGUGACCCUCCAACUGCCCUAUGGCAAGUGCUACUGCCCCACGGUGACCCACAACCACCCCACAGAGACUCAAGAAGGUGAAAUGGAAGGUGAGGCAGUUGAAGCUAUUGUGGAAGAUUCAGAAACUUUUAUUAAGGGAAAAGAGAGAAAAACCUAUGAAAGACGCCGUGAAGCUGGGCAGGAGGACGAUGCUUGUCAUACACCACCAAACCAAGCAGAUGGGGGUGAAGUAAUUCAGGAUGUCAACAGUGGUGUGCAGAUGGUUAUGAUGGAACAGUUGGAUCCAACACUUCUUCAAAUGAAGACUGAAGUAAUGGAAGGUGCAGUGCCUCAGGAAACGGAGGCUACAGUGGAUGACACACAGAUCAGAACACCUCAGGUUGUUAAUAUGGAAGAGCAGCCUAUAAAUCUUAGUGAGCUUGAAGUACUGGUACUUGAAGCACUUGCCACCACUUCUGUGGAAGAACUUCAGGGAGCAUAUGAAGAUGAGGUUUCCGAAGGAGGCCUGCAAGAGGGAGAGCCCAUGAUCUGUCACACUCUCCCUUUACCAGAAGUCUUCCAGGUAGUGAAAGUGGGUGCAAAUGGUGAGGUGGAGACGCUGGAACAAGGUGAACUUCAGCCCCAAGAAGAUCCUAAUUGGCAAAAAGAUCCAGACUAUCAGCCACCAGCCAAAAAAACAAAGAAAAACAAAAAGAGUAAGCUACGCUACACUGAGGAAGGCAAAGAUGUGGAUGUCUCUGUGUAUGAUGUUGAAGAGGAGCAACAGGAGGGUUUGUUGUCUGAGGUCAAUGCAGAAAAAGUAGUGGGUAACAUGAAGCCACCUAAACCAACAAAAAUCAAAAAGAAAGGUGUAAAGAAGACAUUCCAGUGCGAGCUGUGCAGUUACACUUGUCCACGUCGUUCUAACUUGGAUCGCCAUAUGAAAAGCCACACUGAUGAACGACCACAUGAGUGCCAUCUCUGUGGCAGGGCUUUUCGGACAGUCACGUUACUGAGGAAGCACCUCAACACUCACACAGGUACUCGCCCUCACAAGUGCCCGGAUUGCGACAUGGCCUUUGUGACCAGUGGAGAGUUGGUUCGGCAUCGCCGCUACAAACACACCCACGAGAAACCGUUCAAAUGUUCAAUGUGUGAUUAUGCUAGUGUGGAGGUUAGCAAAUUGAAAUGCCACAUUCGCUCUCACACUGGAGAGCGUCCGUUCCAGUGCAGCUUGUGCAGCUAUGCCAGCAGGGAUACUUACACGCUGAAGGGGCACAUGAGGACCCACUCUGGAGAGAAGCCAUAUGAGUGUUACAUCUGCCAUGCUCGCUUCACUCAGAGUGGUACCAUGAAGGUGCACAUUUUACGGAAACAUACGGAGAAUGUGGCCAAAUUUCACUGUCCUCACUGUGAUACUGUUAUAGCAAGAAAGAGGGACUUGGGUGUCCAUUUGCGAAAGCAGCAUUCCUACACUGAGCAGGGCAAGAAGUGUCGAUACUGUGAUGCUGUGUUUCAUGAGCGAUAUGCCCUCAAACAGCAUCAAAAGUCUCACAAGAAUGAGAAGCGCUUCAAGUGUGACCAGUGUGAUUAUGCAUGCAGGCAGGUAGCAGAGUAG